AACCUUUGGAGCUAUGGAGAUGCAGGAUUCGUUCCAGGUCCAUAGGAUACCACAAUCGAAGUUUGUAGACGGAGUUAGAUGGCUUCCACAAGCUUCCGCUUUGAAUCGUUUCUUCGCUUCAGCGUUCUAUGACCCGGAUUGUGAUGCUUCAUCAAUUGAGAUCCAAUCGCUUGACCCAAACCCCAGAGGGAAUCAGAACUCGAACCCUUUAAUCGAGUCUUUAUCUUCGUGGACUUCACCUUCUCGCGUUUCUUCACUGGAAAUCGCUGGAAACGGCGGUGGUGGCGGUUCAUUCAAACCUAUGGUUUCAGCAGCUACGUCUUCUGGUUCCCUUCAUGUUCUGAUGGUUGAUUUGGUGGAAGGAGCUGCGAUUGAGGAGGUAUACGUGGCAGAAGGUGAGAUGUUCCAUGUGGGACGCGUGGAAGGUGUGGAUUGGAGGGAGGGAGGAGAAUGUGUGACUGUUGGUGAAGAUGGGAGAGUGAAUGUAGUGAAGAUUGUGAAUGGUGAAGGUUUAAGACACAGAAAGGUCUUUGAUGGGAAUGGCCUUGUGGCUUAUAGAGCUGUGAAAUGGGCGUCGCCUACUGAGUUUGUCACUGGAGGAUAUGGUUUUGGUUUGCAAUUGUGGGAUCAGAGGAAGUCUGGUGAAGCUGUUUCGCAGCUCAAAGGGAACUGGUUUGAAGGCAAAAUUUCUGCAGUUGUCCAUUCCAUUGACAUUCAUCCAUCUCGAAAGCACACUUGCAUUGCGGGAGGUUCUGCAGGUUCUGUUUUUGCUUGGGAUCUUCGGUGGCCACAGCAACCCAUAGUUCUUUCUGGUGUUGGAGCAAGUGAGAAUAUAAACAAUCCUCUGUCUGAAAGUGAGGUAUGGGAAGUUAAGUAUGACUCCUACACAAAAUCCAACAUCUCAUCCUCAAGAAUUCUUCCUGUAAUGACAUGCUCGGAAGAUGGAAUCCUUGGUGUCAUUGAGCAAGGGGAAGAACCGAUUGAGCUUCUGGCUGAGCCUUGUGCCAUUAACAGUUUCGACAUCGACAGACAAAACCCACAGGAUGUGAUAUGUAGCUUAGAGUGGGAAUCAAUUGCAGUCUUCUCAAGGCCUUAGUAGAUAAAAAUAUUAAUCCCCGGGAUAUGGAAUCGUGUAUGGUAUGAUAUGUUUUUUUUAGUUUGCUUCUGUGAGCCAAAAGAAAGUAGUUGAAGAAGGUGGUGAUAGAUGGUGAGGAUGAUGGAAUCAAAAAUUUGACUGUGUUCAUAAGUUUCAUUAUAAAAAGAUCUUGAUACAAUCUGCACAAACAUGAGUUUUUGUAUUCAUCUUAAAAGUUAGUGAUCUUCAAGAUUGGCAGUACUUGCUUUAUAACA